UUCAAAAUGGCUGCAGCUAUGGAUGUUGAUACGCCAAGCGGCACAAAUAGCGGAGCUAGCAAGAAGCGAUUUGAAGUUAAGAAGUGGAAUGCUGUGGCGCUGUGGGCCUGGGACAUUGUGGUGGAUAACUGUGCUAUCUGUCGGAACCACAUCAUGGAUCUCUGUAUAGAGUGCCAGGCCAACCAAGCUUCUGCAACCUCUGAGGAGUGCACUGUAGCCUGGGGUGUCUGCAAUCAUGCCUUCCACUUCCACUGUAUUUCCCGCUGGCUGAAAACCAGACAGGUGUGCCCUCUGGACAACAGGGAGUGGGAGUUUCAGAAAUACGGACACUAGUUGUAUUAUUGCUGACCUUUUCCUGCGCUCCGACAAGCAUCACCUGUACUACUUUUCUGUUCCCUCCUGCUUGUAAGCAGUUAUUUUACGCCCACGUUUUUGUUUUGGUAUGUUGUAAGUACAAAAAUAAACAUGAAUGUUGUCACAAAA